CAACAGAAUCGGACGUACGGAUUGUAUGACUUGCUACACCUUUCCGUUGAAACGUAUGUAGUCUACUUGUAUUUAACAAACCCACGGGUGAUACGCGAGACCAUUUAGGUACCAAACGGACAGACGGUUGAACGGUUUUCGCGCGAACGAGUUUCCUAAAAUUCCAUUGUGCGGAGGUUGUGGGGCAUGCAAAGUGAAGACAUAGCGCAGUGGAGUUGGGUGUGAAAAUACGAUGACUGAAACGUUUUCUACCGAGUUGUAGAACUGUGUUAGAAGCUUUCGUGCUCUGUGAUCGCUGGGAACUGAGAGUGAAGAUUCAACAUGUUAUUGUUCAAGGUAGCUACGGCGACUUUACUGGCGUUGGCAGUUACUGCCGAAAAGAAGAUAGAACUACAAGAUAUUGAAGAGGAUAACUUGAAAAGUGAACGAGAAAAAGAGUAUGGACCGGCUGAAGCUCGCUCAGAAGGCCCGAGCGGCGGUACGGCUCCUGGCUCAGUGCCGUUAGAAUACCUAAAAAAUAAUUUCAUACGAUAUUAUGAUGCUCCUUCAGCUACAACGCAACAGCCAAGAUAUGUCCAACAAUAUGCAGUUACAGAGUCUCCAGAAGGCCCUCAAACUGGUCCCAAGCCACACUAUGAACCACCACCUCAGCAGACAAUCGGGUAUUUGUCGAAUGUUCCAAUGCAAAUCUAUCUCGUUCCUCAGUACUACAACGAACCAGUACAACAAUCAGCUAAUACACAACAUGGAGUGCAAUAUACAGCUCCACCUGCGCCUCAAGUUUCAAGCUACCCAAGUGCCCCAGAAAACGUGCAACAACAUCCUAACUAUAUUACACCAACGUAUGGCGUCCCAGCAGGGAAUAGACUCAUCCAACCAUACACGACACCAGUAGCGUAUAUUGGCUAUGCACAGCCUACAUUAGCACCACCCCAACCCAGUGUUACUCCUGUUAUUGCUUAUCAGACGCCCGUAGUCAACUUUCCGUCUGCUUUAACUGCACCGCCGAUUAAAAAUUAUCAACAAAAUAUUCAGUAUGAAUCAAACACAAUAGCAGACCACGGCGCUGGGAUACACAGUCAAAAGUAUACACCGCAACAUCAAAUAUCGUAUAAUUCGCAACAAGUGUUUCCAAGGUAUUACAAUUCUAGAGCACCAGUUGGAGAUGAUUAUCGUUCUAAUCCUAUUGAAUUGCCUCAUCCGAGUCCGCUUUUGUUAAAACCUUCACCGCCACACUUAUCACAUAUACCAAAAGCUUUACCAAUUUACCGUCCCUUGUCGAAGCCUAUCUAUGCGAGUGGAAAUGCUUUAAUAUCCAAUACUUUCACUCCUAGGCCCAGUGAAGCGUACGGAGUUCCUUAUAAAAGGAGGCCAAACUCAUUACUAGAUUCAUACAUACCUUCGAGCGUACAACUUGAGUAUUUGAAAAGAGGAUAUACAAGGGACCCCUUAUCGACGUACGAAGCAUUAUCUAGUGGCCGUAAUUUCCCACCUGUAAUUCCGGUACCUAGAUAUUAUGAACGAGGAUUUUUACCGAAUCAAAUGUACCAGACUGCGGCUGGUGGUGUUACAUUUGGCCACCACAAGAGAGCUCCGAAAUCAUUGAAGUAAAUAAACACAAAUAAUGUAAAGUAUUUAUUGUAAUCGUUAGGUAUAGAUUUUAAUUAUAAUCUAAGAGCAAUUAGUCACAUGUAUGUCGUAGUAUAUUCUGUAAAUAUUCGUUAGUACUAUAAUAAGCUUUACUAUAUUAUGCCAUAAGAAUGUUGAUUAUGAUAGCAUGUUAUGUAAUCGUAGAAAUUAUGUAAAAAUAAUUUGGUCAGUAUUUUUUUCGUUAUAUUCUGGUUGCUAACAAUAUAUAAUAAUGAUGAUUACGCAAUUUUUUUAACCAUAUGUUUUUUAUUCCACUAUGAUAUUAUUUAAAAAUACCUUUUUAGUCCUUACCUACGUAAAUCGAAGUAGGAAAAUGCUUCAUUACAAUAAUUAGAAUAGAGAAAGAAGAAAGAAAGCAUUGGAGUAUAAAUAAAAAUGUCAAUUAUAUUAAUUCCCGACUAAUUCCAUAGAUAAUAUGCACAUUCAAUUUAUUUAUUACCACAGAUAAUGUUAUCCUAUAACAUCUAAAGAUCCACUUAAUUCUGGAGAUUAAUUAGAUUUGUUAAAUGCAUUCAAUCUCCAUUGUAUGGUAAUAAUUAUCAGUAUUAAAUUAAGUCAAAGAAUAAAUCUUUCAAUGAUUAUAUUUAUAGCUUUAUGCCAUUACAGAAAACAAUACAAUAACCAUACCCUAAUAUUGUAACAUAUAUUAACUAUUUGCUAUAGAUAUGAAUAAAAAUGUUCUACCAAAA